GCCCAACCCCCUCUAACCUGCAAUUUACAAUAGCCGCCCUGGUAUGCGAGAAGGAGGUAGAACGGGAAUGCCUGUUUUCAGUGAGCCCUCACCCUCUGGAAUCUAUACUGUGAGCUGGCUUUGUUUUGCAGAAGUCUUGAGGAAGUGGCUGGCCACCCUUUGUGACACUAACAGCAGACAAAUUAACAACAUUCUUGAGCUAAUAAAUUUUUUCCUGGGCUAGAGAAGUUGUGAGAACUGGUUGUGAUUAUUUACUUUACUUAGAUAGUUUUAAAAUAAACAUUGUAGUCUGUCACGUUGUAGCUUGCCACAAAGAAUGCCUUUUCACUACUUAAUUAUCUGGGCUCUGUAAAUUGAUCGGGUUUACUAUAUAUAAAUCCUAAAAUAAAGAUUGUGCGUACAGUGCAGUGCAGUGCAGUGUAACGCGGUGCAGACAGCAAAGGUGUCUCUCCUGUCUUUCUUUUCCAAGCGCUGUACCCCCCGUGUCCCGACAAGGCGUGCGUGUUUACCUUGCCCGGAGUUCAGAGUGCUCUAGACACUCACGACAAGUGGCGCCCGAAUUCAGGGACUCCGAAGGUCGCUUAGGAAGAAAAUGGAAUUCAGCAGUGGGUCCCUGGACGAUGGAUCAGGACCCGCGUCUCCAGAUCCUGUUCACCAGCCCCGGAGACAACUCCCCAAAGAACCGGAACCGUGCCUUCAGAAGCGAGCGCGAAACCAGCUAGAAGCUGAGGAUGCUGAGUUUGUUCCUAUCGCAGCCAUGGCCAGAUUACAGCUAAGAAAAUCCCGCCGCUCACAGCGACCAAAUUUAAAUCCCCUCCCUACAUGGGGACAAUUAAAGAAAUUGACCAUAGAAGGGCAACGGCUUGUCCUUCAAGCAGGAAAGCCUUUAAACCCCGAAAACUUGUUUUUAGCUUUAUGUGCCUUGCUCACUGUUGCGUCGGGGACUGAGGUACCUCCGCAUUCGUACCGGGCAUAUAUUCCAAACCCCCCUUUAUUAGAACCUAUAAAAUGGGGAACUAGUGAUAUUUUACUUUAUACCACACCUAGAGAAAUUUUGUCAACACCGUGGGCUGAUUUAACCCCCCACAAUCAAGAUGAUGGGACAUUAUUCAAUUUUACUUAUUAUGGUAAUCAAAGGCCUAUUUGCAUUGGGAAACCGCCUUGCAUCCCUCUGGGAUGGCAGUAUUGGAUUCAACAUGGAAUAAAAGCAGGCAACAAAAGGACAAGGCUUCAAGCCUUGGCUGCUCAAACCUUUAAUGUUACCUGAAAAAAUUUAACAGCACCUGAUACAAAUACAUUUCCUGUAUGCCCUAAAUUCACUUAUAAAAAUAUUUCUUAUAAUCCCAUAAUUUGGCAACUAUGUAUGGGAAAAUUUGCUAAAAAUAUUGAUGGGUAUAUUAUUUGGGGACCAUUUGGAAAAUUCGUUAAUGGAUGUGCUGAAUGGAAUGAGACAAGAUGUAAUCUCUCUGUUGUGUAUAGUCUUCCAGAUCCAAAGAAAAUAACUGACGGAGCUCCUAUAUUUCAACAAAAGACGGCUCUCUUGUGGUGGGGAGAUGGUGGAAUCGCUAACCCUGCUGUUGCAGCCGAAGAAUACCCUCAUCACCUUCAAAAUCAUAUUUAGAAGAUCCCAGCCGCUAUGCAACCUGUAACCUUGUACAAUGUUUCAUAUUCAGGGACUAGUCGAUCUGUAUCUACUACUUAUAAUUUUACUAGGUUUAAAAUGUAUAAUAUUACUGUUUGUGCACCUCUACCUUAUGUCUUUUUAGUGGGAACUUUUAAUUUUACACAUUUUUCUUGUACUUGUUUAAAUUGUCAAUUGUUUACAUGCUUAAAUAGCACACUAAAUUUCACUAAGCCUUAUACAGUUAUGCUAUUACAACAAAAAACUCAUAUUUGGUUGCCUGUAAAUUUAACUCGACCUUGGUCUCAAGACCCGGUAAUUUCUGUUACUACUGAAUUUUUUAAACAUCUGUUAAAACGUACAAAAAGAUUUAUUAGAAUAGUGGUUGCUGUACUGUUAAGUCUGAUAACUGUAGCCUCUCUAACAGCAGUCUCAGGAGUAGCUUUACAAACCUCUUUGCAAGAAAAACAUGUUGUAGAAUUAUGGCAUAAAAAUUCUCAUGAACUUUGGUUAACUCAGUGGCAAAUAAACGCCAGACUACAACAACAAAUAAACCUCCUUAAACAAACAGUUAAAUGGAUGGGUAGAAAAAUAUUGGCUCUUCAGCAUCAAGUGUUUUUAAAAUGUGAUUGGAAUUCAACUACUUUCUGUAUAACCCAACGACCUUAUAAUCAGACAGAACUUAAAUGGGAAAUGAUUAGAAUGUAUUUAAAUAAAAACACCUCUGCCCAGGAGGAAAUAGAAUCUUUGCAUAAUCAAAUUGACAAGGAUUUUGCAAAGCAAAAUGAUGAUGAAUCUCUAGCACAAUUCGCGCAAUUGCUUGCUCAAUCUUUGAAAGGAUUAGAUUCCAAAGAAAUCUGGCAGAGCAUUACCCACACUUUUAGUGGCAUGGGACUUAGUUUAAUUAUAGUUCUCAUUGCCAUAGUUCUUGUGUAUUUUUACUGCAUAAGACGAAAUGCUAUUAAUAACCUGAUCUUAUGAAAAUUGUUGUUAAAAAAUAAAAAGGAAGGAAGUGUGGGGGAUGAGGUGUCACUUUGUAGGCCCAACCCCCUCUAACCUGCAAUUUACAAUAGCCGCCCUGGUAUGCGAGAAGGAGGUAGAACGGGAAUGCCUGUUCUCAGUGAGCCCUCACCCUCUGGAAUCCAUACUGUGAGCUGGCUUUGUUUUGCAGAAGUCUUGAGGAAGUGGCUGGCCACCCUUUGUGACACUAACAGCAGACAAAUUAACAACAUUCUUGAGCUAAUAAAUUUCUUCCUGGGCUAGAGAAGUUGUGAGAACUGGUUGUGAUUAUUUACUUCACUUAGAUAGUUUUAAAAUAAACAUUGUAGUCUGUCACGUUGUAGCUUGCCACAAAGAAUGCCUUUUCACUACUUAAUUAUCUGGGCUCUGUAAAUUGAUCGGGUUUACUAUAUAUAAAUCCUAAAAUAAAGAUUGUGCGUACAGUGCAGUGCAGUGCAGUGUAACGCGGUGCAGACAGCAAAGGUGUCUCUCCUGUCUUUCUUUUCCAAGCGCUGUACCCCCCGUGUCCCGACAAGGCGUGCGUGUUUACCUUGCC